AUGUCACCUCCUACAGUCCGAAUAAUCCACUCUGGCCACGCAUGCAACAUCGAGGAGGAGCGCUACACCGAGCGCGUCUACACCAUCCGGGAGGGAGAGACCCUGGAGCUAGCAUGUCUGGUCUCAGGCCACCCUCGACCUCAGAUCCGGUGGACCAAAACGGCCGGUAGCGCCUCCGACCGCUUCCAGGACUCCAGUGUGUUCAACGAGACCCUGCGCAUCAUCCGGAUCCAGAGGCACCAGGGCGGACGCUACUACUGCAAGGCCGAGAAUGGCCUGGGCUCACCGGCCAUCAAGUCGAUCCGAGUGGACGUCUACUAUUUGGAUGAUCCCAUCGUAACCGUCCACCAGAGCAUCGGGGAGGCUAAGGAGCAGUUCUACUAUGAGCGGACGGUGUUCCUGCGCUGCAUGGCCAACUCCAACCCCCCAGUGCGCUACAGCUGGAGGCGUGGCAAAGAGUUCUUGUCCCAAGGCUCGGAUAAGGGCGUGGAGAUCUACGAGCCCUUCUUUACACAAGGGGAGACCAAGAUUCUAAAGCUGAAGAACCUUCGACCUCAGGAUUACGCCAACUACAGCUGUAUCGCCUCUGUCCGGAAUGUGUGCGGCAUCCCCGAGAAGAAUGUUCUCUUCAAACUCUCUAACAAAACAGCAUCCCCCACCAUUAAACUGCUGGUGGAGGACCCUAUCGUGGUGAACCCCGGGCAGUCCGUGACCCUGGUGUGUGUGACCUCCGGUGGGGAGCCAACACCCACCCUCACCUGGGUGCGCAACACGGAUGAGCUGUCCAAGAAAAGCCGACUCAACGGGGGAACCCUCACGCUGCCCGCCAUCUCCAUGGAGGAAGCAGGAGUCUACAGUUGCGUGGCCAGCAACAACGUCGGCAACCCGGCUAAGAAGUCCACUGCCAUCGUGGUCCGAGGGCUAAAGAAGGGGCGCUUCUGGAUCACGCCUGACCCGUACCACAACGACGACAACAUCCAAAUCGGCCGCGAGGUCAAGAUCUCCUGCCAGGUAGAGGCAACGCCCUCUGAGGAGCUUCUGUUCAGUUGGCUGAAGAAUGGCCGGCCGCUGCGCAGUUCGGAGCGCAUGGUCAUCACCCACACCGACCCCGACGUCCAGCCCGGCACUACCAACCUGGACAUCAUUGACCUCAAGUUCACAGACUUUGGCACGUACACCUGCGUGGCGGCGCUGAAGAACGGCGGCAUCCCUGAAGUCAGCAUCGACGUCAAUAUCUCUUCGACUACAGUCCCUCCGGAGCUGACGGUGCCGCGAGGCAAGUCCCCCAUGGUGGUCCAGGAGGGUGACACAGUGGACCUGCAGUGCCUGGUGUCGGGGAAGCCCAAGCCCAUCAUCCUCUGGUCGAGGGCUGACAAGGAGGUGCCUAUGCCCGAUGGCAGCCUUCAGACAGAAAGCUACGAUGGUGUGCUACGCAUAGUCAAUGUCUCGCGGGAGAUGACUGGAACCUACCGUUGCGCCACCAGCCAGUACAACGGCUUCAACGUGAAGCCCCGGGAAGCACUGGUGGAGGUCACCGUGCAAUAUCCGCCGGUGGUGGAGCCGGUGUUCACAGAGAUCCGCCAGGGUCUGGGUCGCGCCUUCACCCUCAACUGCCGGGUGCUGCGGGCACACCCGUCCAAAGUGCUCAAGUACGAGUGGAAGCUGGGUACCAGGCUGCUGACCAUGGGCCAGUUCGACCAGCGCGACGAGACGGACUACCACGUCAGGGCACUCAAUAGGGAGGGCUACGGGGAGUACACCUGUGAAGUGACCAACGAGGCCGGGGCGGGUGCCUGCAGGUUCUUAGUCACAGGGAGGGCCUAUGCCCCAGAGUUCUACUAUGACACAUACAGUGCGUUGUGGCAGAACCGGCCCAGGGUCUACGGCUUCAAGCUACAGUGGACCCAGCAGAACCCCCUGUCUGUGGACCGCAUCGUGGCCUACCGACUGGGGAUGAAACAGACGGGCCAGUCGAGGUGGUGGGAGCAGGAGAUCCCCAUGGAGGGAGCAAUUGCCAUGGGCGAGCUGAUCACCCACAACCUGACGGAACUCAUCAAGCCCGAGGCCUACCUGGUCCGCCUCACCCCCAUCACACGCUUCGGAGAGGGAGACUCCACAGACAGAAUCAUCAGAUACAGUGCACCAGUCAACCCUCACUUGAGAGAGUUCCAGUGCAGCUUUGAAGAUGAGGCCGUGUGUAUGUUCACCCAAGACAAGACGGAUGACUUUGACUGGACCCGACACAGCGCCGCCACCAGAGACACCAAGUACACGCCCAACACCGGGCCCAGCAGUGACCGAGCGGGCUCCAAGCAAGGUUUCUACAUGUACAUUGAGACGUCUCGACCUCGCCUGGAGGGAGAAAAGGCUCGACUGUUGACCCCCACAUUCAACGUUGCCCCCAAAAGCCCUUAUGGGACUGUGACCGCCACUCCCACCUACUGCUUUGGCUUCUACUACCAUAUGUAUGGGAAACACAUAGGGGCGUUGAAUGCGUACCUACGGCAGAAGGGCCACUCGGGCUCAGACAGUUCCUUGUGGAACUUGGUCGGGAACCAAGGGGACCGAUGGAAGCAAGCCAAAGUCAACAUCCACCCAAUAGCCUCUUUCCAGUUGGUUCUGGAAGGAAUUCGUGGUCCGGGUAUAGAAGGCGAUAUCGCCAUAGAUGAUGUCACCAUUGAGGAAGGAGAAUGUAAAGACCCUCCACCCAACAAUCUAAGGUCACUGUCUCCUCCUACCACGCCCCAUAUAUGGCAGUUCUUGGUCACCCUGACCCUGGUCUUUGUGGGCCUUCAGAGGUGA